GGCUACCAUUAUUGCCUGCGGAGGCUUGUUAUGGUUGGAUCCUUUCAUCAUUCAAAGGAAAAUGCCUGCGAAAAUGAAUAAAACGCGUAAAGCGAAUGUUCGUAAGAGAUUGAAAGCCGUUGAUAAAGUUAUCGCAGCUGUCGCGGAAUCAGGCGUUAAAUGUAAAGCUUUGACACUUGCGCUCCAAUUACCAAAAGAAUCAGAAAUGAAACCAAGAGAUAAAUACACGGUUUUUAGCAAAAAUCAUAAAGGUUACAGGAAAGGUUUGCAUAAAGUGCCCAAAUUUACAAAAGUUACAAUGAGAACUUCUCCUCCGGGUUUCACUUCUUAA